CAAGCGAAUGCGCUGCUGCCGCUGCGAGCGUCGACGUUGACGGUAACCCAGCUACGCUACGCUGCCAUAGCUUCAAUGCGUGCUGUACACUGCACAUACAUCCAUCCACACACAUCGCUGAGUUCAAUUCUGUUGUUUAUUUGUGUAUUGUUUUGUGCCGCGCGCGCGUUAACUUGCGUUCAGCUGCGCUGCUCUACGCCGAACUAAAGCAGACUGAGCGCAGAACAGCUCAGCAGUUGAGAAAUUUCAUUUCACUGCGGAGUAGUGCUUUAGUCGUUUAUCGAUUUCGCAAGGUUUGGAAGUGUUUUAUGACGGUGUUUGUUGAAAACAACGGAAAAUACAUUUCGGGAAUAAUACUAAAAUAUAAAAUUGAAGAAAAUUAACAUAUUUGUUAAGCCGAUAGAGAGCAGAUAGUCAGUGAAUUUAUCGGAGUGCGGAUGUGUUUAGCACGUAGUAGUGCCGCCUAUAUUGGCUAAUGCCUCGAAACCAUUUUUUCCCAAUAGUUACCGGCCAUACUAAUGUAAAUACAUACAUACACACAUAUGUAUGUUUAUCACUAGAAAUGCUUCUAUAUGUGUAUAACUGAAGUAACUGAUAACAGCAAUCCUUGAAUAUGGCAACUACAUACAUAUCUCUUACCUGCUGUAUGCAUACAUAGUACAGAUGCAUAUAUAUAAAUAAUGGACUUUGGCAAAAUGAGACACAAUAGAAAUCUAGGACCUUUGAACGACAAAAAAUGAACUUUUGCAUUUUCGAGCACAUUCCCUGAAGUUAAACUACUACUUAAGUCCCAAUCACAGUUGGCGAUAAGUAGAAAAAUUUUACCGAAUUCAAUUCGAAUACAUUUGCAAUACCCAAAAAAUCUAAUUGCGCCAUCUCAUCGUACACCGUUGCCCGUGCCACGCUGAUGCAGCAGCAGCAGGAAUCAUCAACCGAUUUGUUGACGCCAAUAAAUUUCAAUCUGGCCGCGCAUCAGCACAUGGUAAUCGGUGGCAACAAAGUCAUGGAAUGGACCAACGACGAUGCGUUAGAACUUAUCGAACAGUAUCGCAUUCACACAGAAUUGUGGAAUCGUGCCGAUCCAAAGUACAAAGACAAGUUAUGCCGUUUUCGAGCGUGGUCGGAGAUAGCGGAUCGUUUUGGAUGUAGUAAGGCCGAGGUGGAGCGAAAGAUGAACGUAUUACUCACGCAAUAUCGACGGGAGAAGCAUAAAAUGCUUGUCAAACUAUAUCAGGGCAUCCAGCCUAACCCAUCCAAGUGGUACGCGUUCAAGAGAUUUGAUUUUAUGGAAGCGGGAGGUGGUGCUGGUGGCGGAGGUGGUUCAUCAUCGAGCAGAUCGAGCACAAACGGCCAUACAGCGGCUGCCGCGUCAACUCUUAACGGUCUUAGCACGUACGAAACCGCGACAGCAACGGCGGCCCAGCCAUCGACAAGUGCAGCGGUUGCAGCAGCAGCGGCGGCAGUCGCAGGCGCGCCGGGCACUUCCCAUCAUCGGCGCAUGAAGAAAGAGAUGAAGUAUUUCGGUGCGAUGGGUAUAAGCCUACCGAUGCUGAUCGCCAACACCGCGUCAUUAGACACGUGGAAUACGGUCGGACAGUUUUCGCCACCAAUAAGCUCUGAUCGAAAUCAAUUACGUGUUCCCUUACCUAUGUCCUUCCCGAGUUCACAAAGUGAACUGAACGCUUCAAGCAGCGCAACACGCAGCCUUUUCGGCGGCAGCAGUAACAGCGACAUGACUGCCAGUCCACAGAAACCAAUGGAUACGUCCGAUAUUGAGGAGAGAGAAGAGAUGUUGACAAAACGAGAGCGCGCUACACCAUCGAGCGUGCACAAUGUCAGUGCCGGAGGUGACAGUGGAGCGGUUGGUGGUAGUUCCGCUGGUGGUGGUGCAGCGUCAGGCAGCAACAACUCUGGCAGUGGACUUGCGAGAAACAGAAGUAGCGUCGGUGGAGGUGGAGGUGCUGUCGAGCCAAUCGAAGGAGGUUCUAGUCCCAUACCAAACACAAAUACAAUGGAAAUGCACGAAAAGCGUCGACGAACUACUCACGAUCAAGAAGAAUUAGACAUUAAACGAGAAUUGGUGGACUACUUUCACGCGCCUCAUCCUCCCGCCCCACCCGAUUCGCACCGAUCGUACAGUUCCACCGACGAUAAUCGCUUAGGCGGUGUAGAUCCGGAUGAUUUUGCUCAAGACUUACGCGUUAGCGCCGCUGCUGCUAAAGGCUUAGACUUUAGUCAGUUUGUAUUGCCGCGCAACCUACGACGCUCCUCUGAAUCUAUUGAUGAGAAGUUCGCUCCGCUAAAUAUGCGUAAACUGAAUUCCGCUUCGACGAGUGCCGCGAGUGCGGGUCAAAUGCUUAUGAAUUCAUUAUUAUCCAAUGAGAGUUUGUCCGAAGAGACCGGCACUACCGCGAGUGCGCGCAUAAAAAGCGGAUCCCAAGAGGCAUCCACAUCUGCCGCAGCUGCAGCGGCUGCCCUCUACGCUGAAAGUCUCAACAAGGACGACUGCGACUUUAUCGGAUCAAAUGUCACGCUGAAGCUGAGAUCGAUGGAUCGCACCCAACGAAUCAUAGCCGAGAAAUUGAUAAGUGAAGUACUUUUCUAUGGACAGUUUAACGAGCUGGAACGCAGCGCACAUAUCCAACCCAAGUGACAACCGCUAUUAAAGCUUCGCAAAGGUUUCUAAACCUAACGGCAGCAAACACAUCUACAUAUGUAUGUGUGUAUGUACAUAUAUUAGGGCGGGCCAAUUUAUAUGGAUAGAUUUUGUUUUCGACAUCGUUCCUAGCAAAUGCGGAUUGCUUAUAAAAUUCUAACAAAAAAAAUUCCUCCAGAUCAUAACUCUAAGGUCAGUUUCGAGCCUGCGCAAUUUUAAAAGAAGAUAUUUUUAAUUGAUUUGCUGGUUUUUUGAUACAAAGAAUUAAUUUUUGAUAUCUAGUUCGUAUUUAAAGAACCGCAAGAUGGCGCUACAAAUCAAUAUCCCAGUCAAGUUAUUAGCUCAACAAAUAGGGGUAAGCUUACAAUAAUUCGCAUAAAGCUGAAAAUUGGUACGAAUGUUGCGAACACUAUUAUGAAUGAAAUGUCAAAAGUGUCCAUCGAUCCCAUGGCUGCAGAAAAGGUAUUCAAGGUCAAAGGUCACAUAAAUUUAUUUACGGUAAGGUUUAUCAUAAAAAUUGGUGAGCCGGAAGUGUAGAUCAUCAUAUAAUUAUCUAUAAAGACUGUUAUAACAUUUUUCUUCCUAAUGAUUACGAUUUCUGAAAUAUAGCGAUUCAAAAUUGUAGAAGAUGGUGUGUACUCCAUAAUAUGCAAAUCAUAAAUUUGUAUAGAAACUUUUUGUAUGUAUCUCUACUUAAGUGCUCAUAACUUAUACGUUUAUUACUCAAUUUAGAUGAGUAGGGCCGUAUUGUAUUAAUGAAGAAUCAUGCUUUUACGUGCAAGAAUCCAAAAGUCGAUAUUUUUACCGAAAGUUACUUUUUUGAUUAUUAUUAUUUUUUAAUUAUGUAAAAUUGUCGAUUGUCAAUGAUUAGCUCCUAAAUCCGCCAGCUAUAUAAAAGAAAAUAUACAAUUAAAUGAGUGCACUCCUUCACAUCUCUAAAAACCGAAAUUUGGCUAUAUCUCAAAAACUAUUGCAGAUUCAGCAGAAAAUUUUACAUGACAAGUAACCCCCAUUUUUCUCCAUGAGUACCAAUGCGAUUCAUUUCAUAUACCUCCAUACAGCUUCAUGAACUUUUCCAGAGAUAUGCAUUUUGAAAAACUCGGUUUGUAGGGUGGUGCCACGCCCCCUUUAUAUAUCUAAAUAUUU